AUGUCGCUGCCCUCCCUGGUCCCAGCCCCGGAGCAGAGCAGCUGCGCCCCGCUCUCCGCCCCCAGCCUCUCUCCCAGCUGUCUUUGGGGUGGGGCCGGGCAGCUGGGGAACAGCUGCAAGGCGUGGGGUGGGGGUGGGGGUGGGGGGGUUCGAGUGCCCUCCCGCAAGAGCCGGAAACAGUCUCCUUGCCCUGGCCGGGUGCAGGGGGAGGCGCAUCUGGCCCGGCCUGCUGAGUGCGGGGCAGACCCCAGAUCAAAGCCCCCUCCGGGCUUCAAAGGCGUAAUCGCUGACUUUCAGCUGUGCGCCGACAUGUUCCCCAGCUCAGCCCACAUCAAUGACACCCUUGUUUCCAUAGUAACCAAGGGAGAGUGA